AUGGAGUCUCUGAAGUCGUUCAUCUCCGUGCUUGCCGCCUACAAGCACCGCUGGCUCGGCGGUCAGCCAGUCGACGAUGACGGAAGCUCCGCCGGACCUCGGUUUGUUUUCAGCGGCAACAGCUCCAGUUUUCGCCCGGCGUCUCGCGAUGGGGAUUCGUCCUCUGCUGUUCCCGCCUCUGGAACCCGUCCCCCGCGCGCCCGUUCGCGUCCAGGUGCGGGCCUCGUGGUUGGGGGUCUGGAGCCCUCGGUCGAGGUCGACGCCACGACAGACGACAGAGGCUACCGCUGUCGCGUCAAUCCAGUGAGCAGCAAAGCUGUGCGGGAUUAUUCUUCUCGGCAGCUGGCGUUGGAUGUGGGAUCUGAAAUCGAUGGCUCUGCCGCGCCUUCCGCGUCCUCGUCCAGCUCUUUCCUGUGCGGCAACAUCUUCUGCGCGCCUCGAUCCGGUGCCACCGCCUCUCCGGCCCUCUCGUCUCCCGAGGAAUUCUGCAGCGGUCUCUCAGCUGCAGUCGGCUCCUCCACAGACGCGACAGUCCGGUCGAUCGAGGCUUCUCGGAACUACUUCCACACAUCGCUCAUUCGAUCCAAUUCCAAGGAACUCAAACAAGAGAGCGAGCGACAGAGGCGAAAACCGGGGUCCGUUCUAGUGUGUUUUGCCGGCCCAGACGGCGUCGACGCUUCGUGGUGCACCAGCACUGCGGAGUCUGGAGGCGCCGGUCAGGCUCCUGCCCCGUGUGGGCACCGCUCGAGUCUGGAUCGUUCUUGCUCUACUGCCUCGACCUCUUCUUCCUCCUCCUCAUGGUUCCCUGUGGGUUCUCACGGAGAGGGUUCGCUGACGAGCAGGCGACGGAGCAGGAAGGGCGGGAGUUUCCGUGCCGACGGUUCCCCGCGAGCGCGACGGAAAUCGGCGAACUCGCAGGGGUGCCCGUUCUAUUCUGCGACGCUUGACGCUGCCGUCAUGGACUGCAGCCUCAAACCUCUCAACGCUGAGGAGGAACGAGUCAGGGCGCGUGUCCGCCUGCCUGACCUGGGCGCCGACGCGUUCAGUUAUCCUCUUCCCCCGGCAAUUGUGUAUCAAAGCCGUGCCGCAGAGGCUCUGGAUCCUGCGCUCGUUGGACUCCAGCGCUCCGUCCUCCCCAAGAGAGACUUCGGCUUUGAACAGCAGACGAAGGCGCGCCUCCAAGAGGCCCUGAAAGUUCCUCUGACCCCCCGAUCAGUUAUGGCGCUUCCACUCCCCGAGAGGAAGAAAUUCCUCUACAACAUGCUCUGUUGCUUCUGCAUCGAAUUGGUAGACGGCGUCACGGUUCGACAGUUGACUUCUACCCGCGAAUAUGUGUGGGUGCACUGCCGCUUGUCCCCGGACCUGAAAAUCCUCCAAGUGGACAUCCGCAAUGGGCGCGUGCUUGAAUUUCCGGUCGAUCAGGUCCAAGCUGUAUAUACACUCUCGCGCAGGCAGGCAGCCGUCCAAUCUGACAACACCAACGAGAGAGGCGCUUCGGAGAAGCAGCAGGGGGAAGAUGACGGCGAACGCAGAUUCGCGUUUUCGCCCUCUUCAAAGUCGGCGAGACACAGGCGACGGGGCUGGCUCGGCAGCGAAGAGUCGAGCGAUGACGAUGGGGAGUCGAUUCGGGAUGACGAUUUGGACAACAGCUCGAGUGGCGCUUCGGAGGCAAGAUAUUACAGCGAUGAGGACGUGAUGACCCCCUCUACCCCGACCUACGCGCAGAUCCCCUCGAGCAGGAGAGGAAGGAGGGCGGCGCCAGACAGGGAGGACGAGAAUCAAGACGACCCUCCCCAGUUCAUCGUGGUUCUCGACUUUUCUAGUCGGAAACUGGCCUUUGUCUUUGGCGAUCGGACUCAAGCGGGCACGUUCGAACUCGGUCUCGCUCUCCUUGCUAAGGGGAGCCACCAGCAUCCCCAGUCAACGCUUGCGUCCAUCGCGGCUGCCGCCGACAACUUCCCGUACACGCCCCGCGCUGCUCGUGCGCUUCUACACGCGUUAGCGGGAACGAAGGACCCGGCGAGUGGCGGUGCGUCAAGUGGCAAUUGUGAGGAUGGUCGCUUCACGAGAGCGCCGCCGAUUGUCAACGGCGAAGGUGUACAGGCAGGCGGAGGUGUCGAGAGAGACUCCGCGUCCGGAGAAGCUGAUAACUCCAUGGCGUGGCUCACGGAUUCACAGGCGGCUGCGGCUGUGGAGGCAGCUGCGGCUGCGCUGGCGGCUGUCGAGGCUUCAUCGAGUGUAGACGGGCUGAGUGGUCCAACUGUCGAGCAGGUGGUGACGCGUCUAGAUUCUGCAGUUAGCCCAGACUCCAAGUCUUCAGAGGAAACUCAGAGACCCGGGCACGACGCAGCGGCUGUCUCGGGGGCAGAAGAUAGCAAUGGUGUGGGUGAACGAUAUGGAAUACACAGACAUCGCCAGCAGGUGGUGGAGGCUGCCGAGAGAAGCGAUGGCAAGGAGAGCGAGCGCCAGCAAGGCCUCGGAGAAGGAAAUGUGGAAAGUCACAAAAAGGAGAGGAAACCUAUGAGAAUAAUAUGUUCGGAUGGGCGCGAAGAAGUCCUGUCGCCGCAGAAGCGAGGGAGCCUUCGUGCCGAAGCGGCCGAGGCUGGCGUUGUGCAAGUCAAGCGCUAUCAGAAAGUGUAG